ACCUUAACCACCACCACAUAGGUCAGCGGCGCCCUCAGGGAGGACAGCAGCGAGGAUGCCUUCCGAGAUCGCUUGGAAGCAGUACUUUGACGUGCUCAAGAACGUCGUAUGCGUCUACAUCGUCGCACGCCAGCUCCUCAAACUCAAGCGCCAUGUACUCGCUCGCGGUCUGACUGGCUCGGUAUACGAGGUGUACGCGGCGAUGCAGCAGCGCGCCUUCCAACUCGCACUCCGCCUCCCCUCCAUGCAGAAGAAGGUCCGAACCGAGAUGGACAAGGCGAAGCUUGAUAUCGAGAACAAGCUCGUCCCGAAGGGUCCUGAUGUCACCCGGCACUUGACGCUACCGCCUAGCGGACUGUCUGCAGAGGAUAUCUUUGCAGAAAUGGACAAGCUGGAUAAGGAGGGGUUGUCGCACACGGAUUGGUCCAAGGGCAAAAUCUCGGGCGCUGUCUACCAUGGUGGCGAGGAACUUUCCAAACUUAUUGCAGCGGCGUACACUCGUUACCUUGUCUCGAACCCCCUUCAUCCGGAUGCCUUCCCCGCGGUCCGCAAGAUGGAGGCAGAGAUCGUCUCCAUGGUUCUGCGCAUGUACAAUAACCCGACUGGCGCAGGUACUAUGACUAGCGGAGGCACUGAAUCCAUCGUUAUGGCUGUCAAGACGUACCGCGACUGGGCGCGCGCCACAAAGGGAAUCACGGAGCCUGAGAUGGUCAUCCCCUCGAGUGCGCAUGCUGCCUUUGACAAGGGAGCGGCCUAUAUGGGUAUCAAGGUACAUACCAUCCCGGUGGACCCGGUGACACGGCGAGUCAACAUCAAGCGUGUAAGAAGAGCAAUCAACUCGAACACCAUCCUCCUUGUCGGCUCUACCAUCAACUUCCCCGACGGCAACCAAGACGACAUUGUCGCUCUCGGCCAGCUCGCCAAGAAGUACGGCACCGGGCUGCACGUCGAUUGCUGCUUGGGCUCGUUCAUCGUGCCCUUCAUCGAACCUGCAGGUCUUGCAGACGAUGAGCAUUUCAAGCUGCUGCCCUUCGACUUCCGUGUCGAAGGCGUGACGAGCAUCAGCUGUGAUACGCACAAGUACGGCUUCGCACCGAAGGGCACGUCCGUCAUCAUGUACAAGGACGCCAGCCUUCGCCGAUUCCAGUACUAUGUUACCACGACAUGGUCUGGCGGCGUCUACGCCUCACCGAGCUUGUCGGGCUCGCGUCCUGGUGCACUUAUUGCUGGAACCUGGGCCGCCAUGCAGCAUAUUGGCUACGAGGGCUAUCUUAAGUCGUGCCGUGAAAUCGUCUCCUGCGCACGCUAUAUCGCACGGCGCAUUGAGGACGAGAUUCCGGAGUUGCACAUCAUGGGCGCUCCUCCGGCAUCGGUCGUCGCUUUCGCGGCGAACGACGACAAGAAGCUUGAGAUCUUUGAGGUCGGUGACGCUAUGAGCCGUCGGGGCUGGCACUUGAACGCCAUCAACGACGGCGCGCCAGGUGGGAAGGGCGUGCAUUUGGCGGUGACGCGCUUAACGGUCCCUAACCAAGACGUCUUCAUCGAAGAUCUGAAGGACUCGGUUCGCGAGGCGGGCGUGAGCCCCUCGGGCAAGGGCACGAUGGUUGCAUUGUAUGGUCUCGGCUCCUCGAGCGCCAUCGGCCCGUCGCUUGUAGGCGAACUCGCGGAGGCGUUCAUCGAUGCGACGCUCAAGGCGUAAUCACUGCCGCGAUGAGGACGUGAUGUAGGCAUGCGAGAUGACUGGAUCCCGCGCUCGAACACCGUUGCUUGAAUACUGGAAUCGAAUAGAUGCAGGAGGGAUACCCGAGGGGAACUCGGUAGGACUAGUGAUGUUGUCUGGUAAUUUUUCUGUCAUUUAUGUACCACCUUGCUUAUCACGGCUGUAAAGAUGCCUUUGUUUCAUGCAAACACCGGAGAAGAGGCUCCGUUGACCGCUCA